AUGCAGCCCAUCAGCAAUUCUUCAGCCCUUCCUGUUACUCACUGGGGCAGCCAUCCGAAGUGGGCUAUACACCAGCUCAGAACGCUGGAUGCAUUUGUAACCGAGUCUCCCGUUUUCCGUCUAGGCAGUAAGAUAGAAUGGAAAAACAAAACCAUUCCGGAAGAAUUUUUUCUCAAGAGACUGUAUGGUUACCCAAAGCUUGAGCUACAUUUUGUUGUGCUCUUCUUAGCAAUGUAUGUAGUCAUCCUUCUGGGUAAUGGCACUCUUAUUAUUAUCAGCAUUUUGGACUCUCGCCUUCACAUCUUUCUGGGGAACCUCUCAUUCUUGGACAUCUGUUUUACUACUUCUUCCAUUCCUUUCAUACUGGGGAGCUUCCUCUCAGAGAAAAAGACCAUCUCCUUAGGCUGUGCCAUGCAGACGUUCCUUAGCUUGGCCACGGGCACAACAGAAUGUGUGCUGUUGGGCAUGAUGGCCUUGGAUCACUACGUGGCCAUCUGCUACCCUCUGCGACACCCCGUCAUCAUGAGCAAGGAUUCCUAUGUGUCCAUGGCAGCUGGGUCCUGGCUGGCAGGGGCUGUCAACUCUGCAGUGCAAAUUGCAGGUGUGGCCCACCUGCGUUUCUGCAGGAAUGUUGUCAAUCAUUUCCUCUGCGAAAUUCUGGCUGACAUGAAAUUGGCCUGUGUUGAUGUCUCAGGCAAUAUGUUCAUCACACUUGUGGCCAUGACAUUUCUCAUACUGACACCAUUGUUAUUAAUCAUGAUCUCUUAUACAUUGAUCAUUUUCAGAAUCCUGAAGGUUCAGUCCUCUGAGGGGAGGAGGAAGGCCUUCUCGACCUGCUCAGCUCACCUCACUGCGGUAAUAAUAUUUUAUGGGACUAUCCUCUUCAUGUACAUGAAGCCCAAGUCUAAAGACACACUGAAUUCAGAUGACAUGGAUGCUACAGAUGCUAUAUUCUAUGGAGUGAAGACUCCCAUAAUAAAUCUUACGAUCUAUAGUCUUAGGAAUAAGGAUGUGAAGGAAGCAGUAAAACACUUAUGGAGGAGAAUAACCUUUAUGAAAUAA